CGUUAGUCAUAUCUAUGCACGUUUAAUCAGUUCCCCACUUCCUAGUCAGCACUUGAGCGUUGGCCAAGUGUUCACAUUAAACCUCCAAAUGGCUAAGCAGUUUCAGUUUGUUGGUAGCAAGCCAAUCGCACAGGUGGACUCAAAUUGAAUAAUGUUCACUAGCAAAUAUUUUUGGCUAAUUGCUGGAAUUUUGCUGAUUGCAGCAAUUGGCAAUGGACAAGCGGAAACAUUUCCCUGUAAAAUAAAAGAGGCCGAAUAUGGCAAGGUGUGUGUGUGUACGUCGGACUAUUGCGACUAUUUGGACAAUCCCAUCUUAACGAGUGACACAGAAUUCACCCUCAUAUCUAGUUCGAAGCAAGGACUUCGCUUUGCCACUUCCAGCGGAAAUUUUGGAACAGAGUCAAAGCAUAUUGUCGAUGAUUAUGAAGAACCUGCUGCUGAAACAAAUAAUGAUGAAUUUUUGACAGAGCUAUGGGAGAAUACUCUGGCCAGCGCCUUCACAGUGGAGUCAAGAGAAAGUGCAAUUACUCGAUAUGUGGCUCUGAAAUUAAAUCGGAGCACAACAUAUCAGACGAUUACCGGAUUUGGUGGCAGUUUUACUGGAGCAGUUUCCCAUAUAUUGGAGAACUUUAACAAUCAGGAUAUAGACAAUCAUCUCUACAAGUCCUUCUAUGGCGAAGAGGGAUUGGGAUUCAAUUUGAUGCGUACUCCAAUUGGAGGAUGUGAUUUUGAUUUGAGUCCUUGGUCCUAUUCAGAGGAGGAUGGCGACACUGAAUUAAGUGGCAUGGAUCAGCUAGAUGAACGAGAUGUAAUUCGGGUGGCUCAGAUGAAACGUUUAAUUGAGGUGUCGGGAGCCAAGAACCUGAAGAUCAAAGGAGCCGCCUGGAGUGCUCCGCCAUGGAUGAAGACGAACAACAAAUGGACUGGAUUCGGACGCCUAAAGCGGGCAUAUUAUCAAACUUGGGCCGACUAUCAUCUCAAAUGGGUGAAGCUGAUGGAGGAUAAUGGUCUGCCCAUUUGGGCCAUAUCCACGGGUAAUGAACCCCUAAAUGGAAUAUUUUUUAUGUUCUUUGUCAAAUUUAUGAGCAUGGGAUGGACGCCACAGACCCAGGCUAUAUGGGUCAACGAUUAUCUAGGACCUACCAUUCGCAAUUCUGCCUUCAAGGAUCUUGUAAUAUUCAGCAACGAUGAUCAACGUUAUUCAUUCCCUCAUUGGUUCAAAAUGAUGAACUACACACGCCCAAAUUCACUUGAUUAUCUCGAUGGAUUAUCAGUGCAUUGGUAUUGGGAUGAAAUAUUUGGCAACAGUUUUAUCGAUUCCACUAACAAUUAUAUUGCUGAUAAGUUGCUAAUCGUAUCUGAAUCAUGCAUAGGCGAUAAGCCAUGGCAAAAAGCAGCCCCCCUACUAGGCAGUUGGGAACGUGCCGAAAAAUAUGCCCGAGAUUAUUUGCAAAAUCUGAAGCUUGGAUUCCAUGGCUGGAUUGACUGGAAUAUUAUUCUGGAUGAGCAGGGUGGACCGAAUUAUGUGGACAAUACGGUUGAUGCUCCUGUCAUAGCCAAUACAACGACUUACGAAGAGUUUUAUAAGCAACCCAUGUUCUACGCCAUGGGACACUUUUCUAAACUUGUGCCAGAGGGAUCUGUUCGGAUUGAGGCAUCCCCAAGUAAUGUCAAUUUGGAUUCAGUGGCAUUUGAGCGACCUGAUAAGAAAAUUGCUGCCAUCCUUUUCAAUAGUGGACGAGCCGAUGUGGAUAUCACUGUGGAUGAUAGUGUGCGAGGCAGCUUUAUUGUCAAUGUGCCAGCCAAGUCGAUUCACACUUUGUUAUAUAGCUAAAAUACAAUGACCAAAAACUGAUGAGAUUAUAUAACAUUUUUAUUUACAGAAUUAGAGAAAUAAAAAGAUCAGUAGUAAAUAUUUUAAACUGAUCGUAAUUGAUCUAUAAACUGGGUAGUUAAAAUGCCAUUGACAAUUUAAUCAACUUGAUGAUUCUUGGAUUAAAUUGCAGGUGAUCAAUAUUUAAUAGCUUUAAUCAUAUUUUUUUUAUGGAUGUUAUGCUUUUCGUAUAGAAUAUUUAUAAUUCACUUUUAAAUAAACUAUGACAUACUUUGAUAUUUUUACUAAA